GUGGAAGGAGAGGACGUACCCCUGCAAGUUGUCUUCUGUUGGGGUUGGUUGUCAGCCAGCCAGACCAUGGGUUCACUCCAGUGCUAAAGGAAGCAAAAAAAAUCCUAAAAACACCAGGAAAACGAUCACUGGGGACUGAUCACUGGACUCCAGUGCAGCCCCCAGAGACAGUGGCUUUGUCUGACUUCAAAGACACUUUCUAAAACCACCCAGAGCAGGGUGUGAAGGAGGAGCUGGCACUUAUGCUAGGUGGGCGGGUCUCAGAAGGCCACCUGUCCUCACAGGAAGAGAGUGGAGAGUCACCCCCCCUCCACCCCGGGUCCACAAGUCCUGAACCAGGAUGGCGGUCCACCAGUCCCUGCUGCUCUUGCUGGCCCUGGAGACACUGUGGGCAGCAGGCAACACAUCUGAGACCCACAUCAUUGGGGGUCAAGAGGCUGCCCCACACUCUCGCCCAUACAUGGCCUCUCUACAGAAAGCCGGGUCUCAUGUGUGUGGGGGAGUCCUUGUGCAUCCGAAGUGGGUGUUGACGGCUGCCCACUGCCUGUCUGAGCCGCUGGAGCAGCUGAAGCUGGUGCUGGGCCUGCACCACCUCCACGACUUCCGAGAUCCCGGCCUCACCUUCUACAUCGCAAGAGCCAUCAAGCACCCUGGCUACAAUCGCAACUACGGAAAGGACCUGGCGCUGCUGAAGCUGGAUGGGCGGGUGCAGCCCAGCAGGAAUGUCCGACCGCUGUCCCUGCCAAGGAAGAGCCGAGCCAGGCCCGCAGACGGCGCUUGGUGCAGCAUCGCUGGCUGGGGAAUAACCCACCGAGGCGGGCACCUGGCUCCGGCCCUGCACGAGUUGGAUCUGCGUGUGAUGAACACCCGCAUGUGUAACAACAGCCGCUUCUGGAACGGUGCCCUCGAGGACGACAUGCUGUGCUUGCAGGCGGCGGAGUCCAAGAGCCAGGCACCCUGCAAGGGUGACUCUGGAGGGCCUCUGGUGUGUGGCAAAGGCCAGGUGGAUGGGAUCCUGUCUUUCAGCUCCAAACACUGCACAGGCAUCUUCAAGCCCCCUGUGGCCAUCGCCGUGGCCCCCUACAGCCCUUGGAUCAGGAAGAUCAUCCGUGGCUGGUCACAUCAGCCUCUGCCCUGAUGUCCCAGAUGACCUGGAUACUCACUGGCCGGGGGUGGGAAGGAACUAGCUGUACCUCUAAAUAAAUAAGGGACCAAUAAAUCAUGAUGUAUCUGUUGAACCCAC